ACGCACCGAGCUGUCUGUUUUAAAUUACUAGCACACAGCUCGGACACGCAUGCAUACCCCACAAGACAAGCCACAAGAGGUCUCUUCACAGUCCCUGCAACGGUCACAGUAACUGCGCACACAGGCAGAGAAGCACAAGGGGAGGGGGUAAGAUGGAAUCUAUCAACAUUUUUCACUCUCAAUUCUAAGAACGAGAGUGGGAGAAGCUACAGCAACGGAUUGGAAUGAGGAAGAAGAAGUUUGAAGGGAAAAACGGGUACAAUGGACUUUGAGAAAUUCCUUGUUCCCUGAUAAUGAUUUUCUUCUGUUUCGUUUAGUCACUCCAUGGACUCGCGUUGUUUGAGUCCGGGAACCCCCUUUAAAGCUCUGUCUAAGCAUUGGUGGUUCAGUGGUAGAAUUCUCGCCUGCCACGCGGGAGGUGCGGGUUCGAUACCCGGCCAAUGCAUGUUGCCUUUUACGGCAGCAGGUAGUGUUUUCAGACCUCGCCUCUGACUCUCACUUGUAAAAGAGUCUUAGGGCUAGAGCGGAAGCCAAAUUCCUUUUGGACCUUGUGUACAUUUUUACUAGUGACAUGCCACUGACUUUGAGUAAAGCCAUGUGUAUGCGGAUGACUCUACACUAUGCACGUCAGCUACUACAGCGACUGAAAUGACUGCAACACUCAACAAAGAGCUGCAGAGUGGGUGGCAAGGAAAGAGCAAUGCCUUGUUCUGCUGCCUGUACCGCUCCUGGUGUCACAACCCUGUGGCCACCGUGUCCCACUGCUUCCUGACAAAGAACUAUCGCCAUGCCUACGACCUCAUCCAGAAGUUUGGUGACUUGGAGGUGACUGUGGAAUUCCUCAUGGAAGUGGACAAGCUCGUUCAGUUGAUCAAGAGCUCCAUCUUUACCUAUUUACAUCUUCAGCUGCUGGAUGUGGAGAACAAUCCGUACCUGAUCAAGGCACUGUACGGCCUGCUGAUGCUGCUUCUUCAGAGCCAGGCCUUCCAGCUUCUCUCUCACUCCCUGUGCUGUAUGCCUAACCCAGAGCUCAUGAGGACAGUGGAUGAGUUGAAGUACAUUGAGUCUAAGUCUCUUAGCAUCAAGCUUCUGGCAUACGCUUACAUGGAUUACAAUGACCUGUUGCACCACUUUGACCGGGUGCAGAGCAAACACCUGGAGGUGCACCACCAGCGCUCAAGCCGUGCCAAUCACCCAGACAGGAAGUUGGUGCUGUGACACGGUGGGACAGACUUUGACCCCUGAGGCAGGGCACUGCGUCAAGCCUUCACCCACAGAUGGAGACCCCAACAUACCAUCCAACUGCUAACUUAAAGGAGCACCUUUGUGCUUAUAUCGUUUUUAGCCUUGAAAAUACUGUAGGCAUGAAGAACAUUGAGUGGAUUUUCUUUUUUAAACAAUCGUUUUUUUAAAGGGAUACUUUGGGAUUUUGACAAUGAGGCCCUUUAUCUACUUCCCCAGAGUCAGAUUAACUCAUGGAUACCAUUUAAGAAUUGUAAGCAUGCUAGCAGAUAACUAUAGACUUUCAGUCAUUGCGCUAAUGCUAGUUAGCAUUGGCUCGCGAAACUACCGCUAACUUCCUUCAUACUGGACACAAACAUAAAAAUUGUAUCCAGGAGUUCAUCUGACUCUGGGGAAGUAGAUAAAGGCCUCAUCUCCAAAAUCCAGAAGCAUCCCUUUAAGUGCUUUUUUGUUGAGUUGCAUACAUAAACUCUCAUGCAGACACUGCCCAUACCUUCCUGUUUAACCCUGCUGGGACAUUAGUUUAGGCCCACCCAACCCUAGUUGUGAGAAGUGAGAGGACCUUAUUGUGACUGGAGGACAAUCGAAACUUGAAUUCAGGGCAGAGGAAACCACUUGCAUCGUUUGUCGUAAAAAACACUUUUUCUUCUUACUAUUUAAAAGGCUUGUUACUUGGCAAGCUCAUAUUCCACAAUGGUCCCAAAAGCCCUGUACGAUGGAGACAGCACAAUUAUGCUCCUCAGACUAGUUUUAUGCUCUUUCUGUUGCUCAAAGCUUAACUGGACACUCCCUCACCUGAAUUCAAGUCAUACUUCUUGAACAGUGUUAAAACCUCUCUUUUGCCCUCCAAUCCAACCAUCCAUCCUUCCUUCCCCUCUCUCACAUUCUAAUUUCAUACUCCUCUCUUCAGCCAGUCUCUUCCCCUCACUGACAGCCUUUUUCUCUUUCAAACGCUUGUUACCUUCCUCUUCUUAUUGCUAACAUCUGCUUCCUGGGCAACCCUUCUGCAGACAGAUGUCUUAUCAAGUGAAACUUAAAAAAAGUGGACUGUGUAAUAAUUUUACUUUCCAUUAGCUCGUAUACUCUAUGCAUCAGUUUCUAAACAGCAGGUGGCGUCAGUCAUACUUUUAUGGAUAGUGAUUGAUCUGUGUGGCAGGUGUUAUGUAGAUUCCCAAUAAAUCAUUUACACAACUAAACUUUUAGCCCAUUUAAGAUACAAGGAAUUAGAAGCAAGUUUUAUUCAGAUCGCCAUUAGCUUUCGCCAAAGCAAUUCUACCUGGAGUCCACAAAACAAAACACUGAAACAGUUACAUUCAAAAUACCACUAUCCUCACUAUGUAGCUAGCUGACAAUGUUCUCAUACAGUAGCUAGCAGCCAGAGCAGUAACAAGUGAGGCAGGACCAAACAGGUGGGGGCUCAUGUUAGACAAGAAUGAUGACAUGGUAUGUCAGUUCCUAUGAAUAUGCAGGGUUUGUUUACAGCUGAUGUGCUUCAGUGAUGCCGCCCAGACCUAUUGCAACAAGCAAAGGAAGAGCUCCAACUCGUUCGUCUUUGAAGUUAACAUGUCUCCUGUGAGACGCCCCAAUAAAAGAGCAUUUCUUUGAUCUGGAGUUCUUUUGAACACACCCUCUAUGCAAUGUCAACAACUGUGCUGUGCAACAUCUUAUCACAAAUGUCAUACACUUGACAAAUCAAAUUACCACACCUGCCUCCCACAGCUACAACUCAUUGAGUGACAAAAUCAUACAUGGUUGAAUAGACAAUAUCCUCAUUUGUAAUGGUGCCAAAAGGUUUCUAGUAGCUGAUAUGGACCAUAGAGCAAGGCACCGCAUGACAACCUUUGACAUCCAUUGUAUUUAACAAAUCUGAAUUCCAGUUGAUAAUUGCAGUGUUAGCUUAAGCCCUGUGGAGUUACUUCUUGUCCUCAUUAUAAAGAUGUAAUCCCAGAAAUGUUAAGGAUGUUUGAACAAAAAUAAAAUGGUAUUUCCUCA